AUGUUUAUUAUUCGUAUAUUCCUUCAGUUAGUGAAGCUGUCACAAGCUGAACUGGUUGUGAUCGAUGAAGCGGCUGCGAUUCCUCUUCCAGUUGUUAAAGAGUUGAUAUCUGGUAUGUUAGUGUUACCAUUGUUAUUGUUGUAUGGUUGUCCCUACAUGGUGUUCUUGGCAUCAACGAUAAAUGGCUAUGAGGGUACUGGUCGUUCGCUAUCUCUGAAGUUAUUGCAACAGUUGCGAGAGCAGUCGGCCGGCAUUACGAGUAGCGACAAAUCGGGAUCGGUCAUGUCGGGAUUCAAAGGUGCGUUCGGUAUUAGUAGUUUCAUUUAUUUUAUAUCAUUGAUACGAAUUUUUAUUCACUCACUCGUAAAUAUUCACUUGUUUAUUAAAUACUGGAAAUAUUUUCGAUUGUAUUGUGAAUUUUGA